GUAUAUAUCGGGCCCACUCCGGUUAGCGCCACCAACUAGCGUCAAAUCCACACCCACGCGCUCCUCUGUUUCCACCCCCCGUCACUCGAUCCCGCACCCGCAUAUCACAACAUUUGAAGUCAACGUUGCGUCGAUCGACAUGUAGAACACCCCGCGAACCAUCCUAGACCCGUAGAUCUGAAUCUUCAAACACCUAUAUACUAAAAAACCAUGGCACACCCCCACAUCCUCUACAAACUCCCCGCCACACGACGAAAAUACCACGUGCGCAACCUCUCUCCCCCCACACCGCCGACCCCCGACAAUGAUGAUACUUGCUCAAUCUGCUACCGGGCCUACAACGAAAAAGACGACCCCACAGACGCAGACGAAACACCCUGUCAACCCAUCCAGCUGCUCCCUUGCAAACACAUCAUCGGCUCCGCAUGCUUCACCAAACUCCUCCAAGCAGACAUGGACACGUGCCAAGUCUGCCGCAGCAAAGUCGACGUCCUGUCGAAUCCUUACCCAGCGUGGCUGCAAAAAUCGACAUCGUGGUUCUGGUAUAAAUUAUACUCGGAUCACGCGCCUGGCCACGCGCUCAAAAAUGGGAAGUUGGGCGUGUUCAAUCAUCUGAGUAAGAAGUUGUUCAAUGAGCAGAUGUCGAUGCAAGAGACGGGCCAGCUUUGGUGGAUGUACAUGGAUUCGUUAUCGGCGUGGACGAGGAUCGUGCUUGUUUUCGCCGUCUUCGUUAACACCACGUUUGCCAUCUCGGAUUGGUGUCUGGGCACGCCGUUUGUGGAGUUGGGGAUUUUCCGCAUAGUAGGGAUGAAGGUUCCGGAUUCAAGAGUUUUGACGCUGUGGGUGGAUUUUCCGAUUGUGGUUGGGUUGGCGCAUUAUAGUAAUAUCCGUCGUGGAGCGGGGGAUCUGUCGGUUGCUGGGCAUGCGCUGAUGUUUAUCAUGGCGAGGAUAUUUGCGUUGUUGUUUUCGAUCAAGGGGUUUGCGCUGCUUUUGGCUGCGAACUGGCUUGCGUAUGGGACGUUGACGGCGCUUUUGAUUUGGUAUGGUUUGUGAGGAUGUGGAGGGUGUCGGUAUGAACGGUACAUCGCAUCGCAUCAGAUGGUAGUCUAUUGAUUGAAUUAGUUUCGUGGACACAAUCUUGCAGUCCCAUGUUCUGGCUCGCAAAAGUAUUCUGAUGUCUAUCUAAUUCAGCAACAGCAAGAGUGUCGCUGCCGCUCAAUGCCAUCACGAAGAAGUGGGCUUGUGCUAUCUAACUCAUCAAACAUCUGGUGGCUAGUUCGUCUGCGCUCAAGGAAGCCGAUAGCAUGUAGCUAGGCACUUCAUUAAACCAUCGCAUCUCUAUGCGGCACGACAGCACG